AUGAGUCAAGGGGGUGGAGAAGCAGCUGAGAAGAAGAGUGAGCCGCCACCAUCCAAGAUUGAGGCAUUGGAUGGCUCCAACUAUGAGGAAUGGAGUGGGCGGAUGAGGAGCGCCUUCAAGCGCUACAAGCUGCUAAAAUUGGCUAUGGAAGAGGAGAAGAUGCCCGAGGAAGGAGAUGCCCGCGAUCGGUGGAUUGAGCGGAGCGCGGUGCUGUACGACUUGAUUCUACAGUCGGUCAACAACGACAUGUUCCAGCACAUCAAGGAUUUGGUGGAGCUCGAUGACUCGGGACCGAAGGCGUGGAAGGUGCUACGCGACGUGGUUCAGCCCAACACGCUGCCGAUGGUGAUCGUAUUGGAGAAGGAGCUGGCUUCCCUCUCCAUGCGGCCAGGAGAUGAUGUGAAGCCGGUCCUUGACAAGGUCAAGGACACCUAUGCAAGGAUGGCAGCGGCGGGCAGCAAGGUGUUGGAGAUGCAUCAGUGCACCAAGAUCAUCUCGGUGCUCGACAACUCGUGGGACAACCUUAUCCCCACCCUCAACGCUCAGCAGGACAAGUGGACGCCUGAGUGGCUACGGCAGCAAAUCAUGGAGGAGGACUUCCGCAGGCGCCACACGGGAGGUGGUGCUGCCAACAAAACUGCUGAGGGGUAUGGAGCUGCAGGAGGCAGCAGAGGAAGAGGGGGAGGGAGAGGCCGAGGUCGCAUGAAGCCGCCAAGUGGUGAAUGUGCACGAGGUGGCGCUGUGCAAGGUUCAGGUGCACAAGGUAAAGCCGACCCUGGGAUGUUCCUCAUGGUUGAGGAUGUGCAAGGGAGUGGGGGUGAUGUGGGUUCAGUUGGGAAGUUUGUCAUGCACCCCCUCACCCACUGGGUGAUAGAUUCAGGUUGCACAAGUCACAUGACCCCACGGGCAGAUUUGCUUGACGAGGUAAAACCCCCAGGGAAGAUCAAGUUUGUGGCUGCCGCUUCAGGUGCUUUGCUCCCUGUGAUUGGUGUUGGGAAUGCCAAGGUCAUGGGGGCCAAUGGGGGGCUUGUGGGCCUGGGGAAUGUGCUAUUGGCAGUGGCAGCGGCAGCGGCUAAAGCAACUGCGGGAGGAGAGGAGACUGCACCAACUGAUGAGGCCCUGGAUGCAGUCAAGAAGGUGCAGCAGUCACAGCAGCUACAUGAUGAGGUGCUUGCUGGUGUGGAUGGGAGUGCUGCAUGGGCAAAGGCUUCAUUUGGGAGUGGUGAGGCUGAUUGGGAGACGUGGCAUGAGAGGCUGUGCCAUGUGAACAUUCCUAUGCUGCAAAAGUUGGUAAAGGAUGGGUGCUUGAAGGGGCUGGAGGUGAAGGGGGCAGCAAAGGAGAUUGGGAGCUGCCCUACCUGCCUUGAGACCAAAUUCACGAAGUUUCCCUUCAGCAGCAGCACGGGACCAGCCAAGGCACCACUUGCACUAGUGCACAUGGAUGUGGUGGGCCCCACGAGGGCCCUUUCUCUCUCGGGCAACCGCUAUUUCCUGACCAUUGUGGACGACCACACACGUGCGGUGUGGGUCUACCCCCUGAAGACUAAGGGGGAGGUGGCAGCGGCUGUUCUCAAGGAGUGGAUGCCGAGAGCUCAAAGGGAGAGCGGACAUAAGGUGAAGGUGAUCCGCACUGACAACGGGGGAGAAUUCAUUGGCGCUGAUUUUGAGGCGGUGCCUCAUGUACCUGAUGACAUGCACUCGUCUUGA